CGCGCGUUUCCGCUUGCUAAAAUGGCCAUGGCGAGAUAAGGUCUGUGGUUUCCUUUGAGCAUGCGAGUGAGGGGGAGAGGCGGCAGCAGCAGACGGAGCUGCAGCCGCUCCCCUGCCCUGAGCUGAGCCUCCCCCCCAACAUGGAUGCUGCUGGCGAGACCCCCACGGGGACCCUCCCUGGGGAGGAGAUCCCCGAGAUGGAUCUGUCCCACCGGUUCUCCAAGAGAGAGCUGGCCCUGCUCUACGAGGAGGUCCUCUACACCAUCCUGCACCGCCUGGGCAAGCCCGAGCAGCACCACGUCGCGGAUGCCCAGGAACUCUAUGCCUAUGUGCAAAAGGCUUUUGGCAUGGAUGCGGAGGAGCACAGCGUCAUCAUGCAGCAGGUCAAGGAACUGGAGAGCCCAAUUUUCUGCCUGAAAGCAACCGUGAAGGAAGCCAAGGGGAUUUUGGGUAAAGAUGUCAGCGGGUUCAGUGACCCGUACUGCCUGCUGGGCAUUGAGGCCAAAAGCCAGGAACCGGCCCACCCUGACCACAAAAAGCGGAUGAAGGCUGUGGUCAAAGACCUCAUCCCUGAAGACCAGAUCCAUCGCACACAAGUCAUAAAGCAGACCCUCAGCCCGGUGUGGGACGAGACAUUUAUCCUGGAGUUUGAAGACACGGAGACAGCCAGCUUCCACCUGGACAUGUGGGACUCAGACACGGUGGAGUCGGUGCGGCACAAGCUGGGGGAGCUGACGGACCUCCAUGGCCUCAAACGGAUCUUUAAAGAUGCUCGCAAAGACAAAGGGCAGGAUGAUUUCCUGGGGAACGUGGUCCUUCGCCUGAAGGACCUGCACUGCUGGGAUGACCAGUGGUACCAGCUGGAGCCACGGACGGAGACGUACCCCAACCGGGGACAGUGUCACCUCCAGUUCCUGCUGACUCACAAGAAGAGGGCCACCACGAGCAGCCGGACACAGCCGAGCUACACUGUCCAUCGUCACCUCCUGCAGCAGCUGGUGUCCUAUGAGAUCCUUCAGCACCAGGCUGGCAGCAUCGCCUGGGACGGGGAGCUGAGCAGGCAUGCCAGCACCGUGCUGUACCUGCACGCCACGCAGAAGGAUCUCUCUGACUUCCACCAGGUCAUGGCGCAGUGGCUGGCGUACAGCAAGCUCUACCAGAGCCUCGAGUUCAACAGCAACUGCCUGCUCCACCAGAUCACCAGCAUCGAGUACCAGUGGGUGCAGGAGCGCCUGAGGCCAGAGCAGAAAGCAGAGCUGGCUGAGUCCUUCCAGUCCUUGCUGACUUAUGGGGUCUCCCUCAUCCGGAGGUACCGCAUCAUUUUCCCCCUCUCUGUCCCGAGGUCCACAGAGAGGCUCCAGUCCCUGCUCCGGGUCCUGGUCCAGAUGUGCAAAAUGAAAGCUUUCCGUGAGCUGUGCACGCUCAGCCCCGACCUCCCCAAGAUGGUUUCCUCGGCGCUGAAGUCAGGCACGACGGAGUGGUUUCACAUGAAGAGGCAGCACCUCAAGCCCAUGGUGAAGAGCAUGGAGGAGAAUGGCAAAGCCUUGUCCAGACUCCUCCUGGAGGUGGUAGGAGAUCUCCAGCAGUGCCAGAAAAUCUGGAAUAAAUUCUUCAUCAACACCCUGAAGCUGAAUCUCUUCUCCAUUGCCUACCUGGAGCUGGAGAGCCUGGUCGCAGAGCAUGUCCAAGAGCAGUUGCGCGAGGUUGACAGCAGCAUGUCCAAGCCCACGGCCGAGAGCCUUUUCCAGCUCUACAUGAACCUGCAGGAGCUCUAUCACAUGAAGGACUUCCUCCCAAAGAGGGAUGGACCUCUGGCUCUGAGCAAUUUCCACCAGUGGUUCAAGGAAGCUGUGCCCCAGUGGCUGCAGAAGGCCUACACCAUCGCGCUGGAGAGGGCACAGAGAGCCAUCCAGAUGGACCAGCUGACGCCCUUCGGGGAGCACAACAAGCACAGCACAUCCACUGUUGACCUGUCCACCUGCUACGCCCAGAUCGUGAAGACUUGGCAGCAGCUCAACUGGCCGGACCCUGAGGAAGCCUUCAUGAUCAUGGUGAAGCUCGUGGAGGACAUGUGCAAAAUCGCCCUGAUGUACUGCCGGCUCAUCAAGGAGAGGGCUGAGGCUCUGUCGCUGAGUGAGCAAAACGAGGGUGAAGCGGCCAACAGGCUCUGCAUCGUGGUGAACAACAUCAAGCAGCUGCGGCUGCUGAUCCUGAAGCUGCCGUCGCAGCUGGACUGGGCGCAUCUGGAGCAGCGCACGGGGGCUGUCAUCGACCGGCAGCAGAUCCAGAACACGCUGCACAACCAGCUCGACAGCACUGUCUCCUGCCUGGACCACGAGGUCCAGGACGUGGUGCAAGCCCUGGCCACCAAGCUGGAAAAAGGCAUCGCCAGACACAUCCAGGAGCUCUCGUCUUCCAACAACACCCGGGAGCCGGAGGACUCCAUCAUCCCACUCAUGAAGUUCCUGGAGUCAGAGCUGCAGUAUCUCAACGAGCAUCUGGUUCAGGAGAACUUCAAAAGCCUUCUCGCUCUCCUCUGGCAUCACACCUUGGCCGUGCUGUCGGCAGCCACGGCGCAGCAGGUCCCCUCGGCCCAGCACUACAAGAAGCUGCAUUGUGCCCUGAAGAGCCUGGAGCUGUGCUUCCAUGCCGAGGGCUGUGGGCUGCCGCUGGAGACCCUCCAUACUGCAGCCUUCCUGUCGCUGGACACCCACCUGGCCCUCUGCUCCGCCACCAGCCGCAAACUCAUCCAGAAAUACUUCAGCAACAGGAUCCAGCAGCAGCUGGACGCCAGCUCGGAGAAGUACGGGGCUGUGACGAUCAAAGCGCUGUACCGCCCUUCGGAGCAGAAACUCCGCGUGGAAGUGCUCAACGCCGUCAACCUCAUUCCGCUGGACUCCAACGGCUCGAGCGACCCCUUCGUCCAGCUCACCCUGGAGCCCCGGCACGAGUUCCCCGAGGUGGUGGCCCGGACCACCCAGUGCAAGAGGAAUGAGCUGCACCCCCUCUUUGAUGAAGCCUUUGACUUCUUGAUCCCCCCCGAAAAAUGCCGGCAGGAGGGGGCCUGCCUGCUGCUGACCGUGUUCGACUACGACACGCUGGGGGCCAAUGACCUGGAGGGCGAAGCCUUCUUCCCCCUCUGCCACCUACCCGGCCUCGAUGCUGAUGAGGACCAGGCUGAUGCGGGACGGGUGCCCCAGACCCGCCUGCCCCUCAUCCACCCCAAACCCACCGGAGACGAGAUCCUUAGGCUACUGGAGUCCAGGAAGGGGGACAAAGAGGCUCAGGCCUUCGUUAAGCUCCGCAAACAACGAGCCAAGCAGUCCAAGGAGACGGAGUGAGGGAGGCGGAGGAAGAAGGUCCUGAAAUGAGGGGGUCUGGCCAGUGGGACCCCAGGAUUUUUGUCAGUGCUGCAGCUAGAGCUGUCUGCAGGGGCCGGAGGGAUAGAGGGGGUCCCUGUGCCCCCCACCACCUCCCAGCGCCCAUCUCACCCCCACCUUCAGGUAGCAAUGCUCCCAUGAGGCUGGGGAGGGUGGGCACAUGAUAUUUCAGGGGAUUUCUUUGCCUGUCUGGACUGACAACACUACACGGGGGAUGUGAAAGUGUGUGGCUGUCCCUGUCCGUCCCCCAUUAGCUUGUCACUGCCGGUGCCGCAUCUCCGGGCCACGUCCCCAACCAUCCCGUCUGCAACACUGCAUCAGGGCAAUGCAAACACAUCGUCAUUUAUUUGGGGUGGGGACAAUCCAUGGCCAAACCUGCCUUUUUUUUUUUUUUUUCCCCUUUUUUUCUUUUUUCUCUUUUUCUUGUGGAUAAGCCUCUUAUUUUAAAUUAAAAGCAACAAAGCUGAUGCGUGGGCUGUGUGUGUGCAGGGAGUGCUUUGGGGCAACAGCCCUGUGCCAGGAGCAGCUGUGGCAGCAGUGUGGUGGGGUGGGACAAGGCAUUUGGGGAAUGGUGGGGGCUGCCCCUCUUGACGGGGUUAAGCCGGGAAGGGGCAGCCAGCUGCAGGAUUUCAGCGGGGAGGAGAUGCCACAUGAGUGAUUUUUGUCCAAGUUUCCCACUGGAAACAGGAUGGGGAGCUGGGAUGGUGCUGAGCCCUGCACCACUGGCAAGGAGCUGUGCCGGCACUGAGAGGCAGCUGGGUCCCUCACCCGGGGACUGGCAGCACCAGCUCGGCAAGUGGCUGGCACUGGCCUCUGCUUUUUCCUCCCCUCCCAGCCUUGGCUGGUCCCUGAAGGCAGCGGAGUCUUUGGCGAGAGCUUGGCUGGGCUGAAUUAGCCAGGCUGUUUUCCUCUGCAGGGAAUCAGGUAGCGUCGUUUUUGAGUUACACGCCAUUGCAAAAUAUCACCUACACCGAGGUCUAAAUCAAACAGCUGGGAAAGCUGCCGCAGCCCAGCGGUGCUGGAGGCAGGUGGGGCUGAGCACACAGCACGGCCGGUGCCCGUCAACCUGCCGAUGGAGACGGGUUUUGGGCUGUGAAAGAGCCUGACAAGACAAACAUAAGGCCCUGGUCUGGCUCAGGCACGGCAAAAGGCUUUUAGGACAGGCAGUUCGUGGUGAUUUGGUGAUUAAAAAAAGGGCCCCAGGCAGACAUGUGUGUCCUCGAGCAGGAGCCAUCCCUGCCCAGCCUGGCUUUGCCAGCUCCGGGCCUGGCACACCCCUGUGCACCAGUCAGGUUUUGUGGUUGUUUUUUGUUUGGGGUUUUUUUUUUUCCUUUUUAAAAAUGUGCAUAGCUCUUGUGUGGUUUUUUGUAUUUUACCACCGAUCCUAUCGACCUCAGGGUGCCCACUGGAAUUGAGGGAGCCUGGGAGCUUGCUGGAGCCUGGGCAGCAAUAAACAGCAUUGCAGACCCGUCAGCCAAACCACACGGCACUUUGGGCUGCCGAGAGCCCAGACACAGCGGGCAGAGGUCCAGUGUUGCCCCCAGCUUGUGCCAGGGACCUGGGUCCCUCUGGCUACAACCCACAGUGGUGGGCAGCUUCGCAGGGUGCAUCGCAUGUGGGGUGACCCAGGUCUAACAGCAAAAAUGCCCGGCAGGGCAGGUGGUUGCAAACUGUUGGGUUUUUGCAGCUUGUUUUAGCUGCACUUAUUACUAAUUAUAAAUCUGGAGCUCCCUCUGCCCGCACCCUGCAAGGGGGUGGCUGGGUUUGAGCUGCAGCACGUCCCUGGGAGCCACUGUAUCUCAGGGAAUUAAAAGCAUCACCCUCCGGGCUGCCUGAGCACCAGAUGCUUUCUUGGUGGGCAGAGCAACCGCUGGGUCAAUUCAGGUCAAGCCCUCAAUGCGGGGGUGGUGGAGGGGGGAAAGCUCCUUUGGUAUCUGUGUGACAUGGCCAGGCGCAGUCGAACCCACAGCAGGAGGGAUUAAGGCGCUGCUCGCUCACAAGGAAGCCAUUUGCUGGCUUAAAUUACUCUUUUCAGUCCCCCCCUUGUAGCUCUACAGACAAACAAGAUUCCAGAGAAGGGUCCCUGCUUGCGGAGGAGACGCUCGCUGUCCCAGGCAGACAAGUCACUGCUCCUGCUCCUGGAGAGAGGAAACCCCAAGCCUGCACUCUGCAGCUAAUUUGGUGUUGGCACCUGCUAGCAACCUGCCUCACACUUUAUUGCAAGGCUUAGCUAUAUGGGGCUGCAGGUUUGAACGUGGUUUUAGCUUAUUUUUAGCCGUAUGUUUAAAAAUUGCUGUGCUCUAACUUGCUCUGGGCUGACCAUCACCCAGGUGUCCUUGCUGCAACAGACAGUGUGUCCCAGUGAGCAGGUGGCACGGGCUAACCUGUUUUGAGGUUGUUUGCUCUUUAUUAUCCAAGGUGUUUUAGCUUAAUUUUUGCUCAGCUCUGGGCAGUUGGGGUGGGUCUUUUUCCCACCCCAAAAGAAAUCAUAUCCUUUACAGAGAAGGACUAAUAAGCCUUAAACAAGCAGAGUGUAACUAACCCCAGGGACCAGGAGAAUAGCCUAAGUGUUAAAAAAUAAGGCUUGAAGCACAGAAAACCAGCUCCUAGCAAAUGCAAGACUGAGGAGGAAGAAAUCCCCAUCAUCAUCAUCAUCAUCAUCCUGGUGAAGAACCUUGACACAGGCAGAUUGCUGCAACGCAAGAGGGAAGGGGGCAGGCACUUACAUCUACCAAUUUUAUUGUGUUACUAAUAAUCUGUAAUAUAAAUUUGGUGAUUUGGAUUAUUGUUGUGAUUGGACUAAUAGUAAAUGAUUGAUGCAUCUUUGAAGCAUUAAUUAGACCACAAAUAAAAGGUAAUUCUUGGA